CUUAAGAUCAUUCCAGUGAAGAUCGGAGGAGGUGCUCUGGAACUCUCUGAAUCUUUCUCUCGCUCUCUCUCUUCAUAAAAAAGGGAGGCAGAUGCUUUACGUCUGACAGUUGUGUGUCAACCAAGCAUGUCCGCCUCCCCAACCUCCUCCAAUGGUUUUGAGGUCCUUUUCUCUGCUCUACAGAAUACAGCAGAUGUUCAGAGCACCGUGAAUGUUCUAAAUAUCUUGGAUGAACUUCUUUCAGCAGGCACUGAUCGUCGUAUUCACUACAUGAUCAGGAAAGGUGGAAGCGAGGCCUUGCUUAAUGCACUCGUCAACAAUUACAGUGGGCACUGUUCCCACUGUAACUACACCAUUCUAUUGCCAAUUCUAUACCUACUGGCCAAAGUUGGACACAAAGACCGCAGUAUAGGUAAAAAAGCUGAGGAGGCUGGAGCUGUUCUGCUGACGUUAAACCUGCUCAAGAACAACAUCCAACAUGCGAAGAGGGCUGCAGCAUGCCUCUUAGUCAUCCAAGUGUUUGCUCAAUCAGUUUCCACAGCAACUCUAAUCGGCUCAAACCAAGGGCAGGAUGUCAUUUACCGCCUUAUGCCUCGUUAUACCACCAAAAAUCUGCAAACAGUCAAGGCAUCCAUUAAUGCAUUUGCUGCUCUGCUUUGCUCAAAUACAAACAUCUCCUCAGCAGUAUCCAAAGGUUUUGUCUCUGGCCUCUUGCAGCUGUAUGAGGAUUGGCACAGCAAGGAUACUAAACAUUCGGCCAUUGAGAUCCGCUACGCACUAUUGUGUUGUCUUCAUAGAAUCACACGUCGUGCUUUGGGCAGACACACUUUUGUGUCGCAAGGGGGCCUCAGACUUCUUUAUCAUACAACUCAGACGUGUUUGUUGAAUAAAUGUCUGACGUCAUUGGUGGAGCCGUCUGUUCAGCUGAUGAGGAAGUGCCUGCCAAAGACGCCUUUACCACUGACAUCAGAUCAUUCAGCAUACAGCUUCCCCCUGCCUGCAAGACCUGGGGAGGCUGCUUGUAAUGUGGUCAAAGCAUCAGAUGGCGGCAAUUGGGACUUUCUUGAGGAGGACGAGGAAGACGAUGAAGAAUGCCAAGAGGCUGCCACCAUAGACUAUGAUGAUGACUUGGAGACUGAUCUGAACAAACUUUGUCUUUGCCCUGACCCAGACAGACCCAAAGAAGUACUGCCUCAGUACAGCCGUCUCUGUCCUGAGCUCUCGCAUGACUUCCAGGAGCUGGAUUUGAGUUCACAGAGGAGUUCUCCCUCAUCUUCUUCUUCUUCCAAUGAUGACACUGCGCUACGCGACAAUUUAGCUUGUCACAAUGGGGAAAGACGCUGGAGUACUGAAGUUUUGUCACAGGCCGAAAAAGAUCCACCAAAUCAAACCAAAUCAGAUGCUGCCAUUUUAAAGGCCAAAGAUUUCAACAGUCAUAAUGGCCUCCUUAAAACCAGCUCUGUAGUUGGAAGCAAAGUCAUACAGACAAGUGAGGAAGCCAAGUCUGGUCCAGCAAAUGAUGGCUGUAAUGACAACAAAGAGGAAAACAACAACUCUUACGAUUUCCCAACGAUAGACAAGUUAAUUGAAAGACAAGGCGUUUUCAUCCCAUACCAUGAAGCCACCAUGUACCAUGCUGCAGCCGUCAAAACCAAAUCUAUUCCGGGAUUCGACAUCCUGGCUUUCCCUGAUUUUUGGGGUCAUGUCCCGAAACCAGCAAAUGAACCCAUGACCACACGCAAGCCGGGCGUUCAAAGGCAGAAAGUGAUUGAAGAUAUCCAACGUUUCAUGAAUACAGAUGACAUCAUCAACCGAGUUGUCUUUGACAUGGAGGAUGACAGGUCACCUGACAUGCCGGAUUCUUUGAGAUUUUUUUCAAGGUUUGAAUGUGGAAACCUCAGAAAGGCCAUUCAGGUUCGCAGAUAUGAAUAUGACCUCAUUUUGAAUGCAGAUGCCAACUGUAGCCAGCACACUCAGUGGUUCUACUUCGAAGUCAGUAAGAUGGUGCCUGGAGUUCCCUAUCGUUUUAACAUCAUCAACUGUGAGAAGAGCAACAGCCAAUUCAAUUAUGGAAUGCAGCCAGUUCUUUACUCUGUAAGGGAUGCACUAAAUGGUCAACCCUGCUGGCUCAGGUCUGGGACUGACAUAUGUUAUUUCAGAAACCACUUUUGUCCAGCUCGUGGCAGUCGGAGAACAACAUUUUAUACGCUGACGUUCACCAUAACCUUCAAACACAAUGAAGAUGUGUGUUACCUGGCCUACCAUUACCCCUACACGUACACUGCUCUAAUGGCUCAUCUGAAGUUGCUGCAUCGGUCAAUUGAUCCCACUAAGAUAUAUUUCCGGCAGCAGAUUCUUUGUGCCACUCUGGCUGGAAAUCCCUGUCCAAUAGUCACCAUUACUGGCUGUCCUGCAAGCAAAGGCUGUAAAGAUAUUCAUCAGCUACGUAAUCGGCCCUGUAUUGUGCUGACAAGUCGCGUACAUCCUGGUGAGCCCAACGCUAGCUGGGUAAUGAAGGGCACCCUGGAGUUUCUAUGCAGUAGAGAUCCAGUAGCCACGGCACUGAGAGAAACCUUCGUCUUCAAGAUCGUCCCCAUAUUAAAUCCAGAUGGAGUCAUUAAUGGAAUGCAUCGUUGUGAUGUGAACAAAGAAGACUUGAAUCGCCAAUGGAGCAAACCAGACCCUCUCCUCUGUCCAACAAUCUACCAUACCAAAGGCUUCCUUUACUACCUCAACAGUAUUGGACGAACUCCCCUAGUCUUCUGUGACUAUCAUGGCCACUCUCGAAAAAAGAAUGUAUUUUUGUACGGCUGCAGCGUGAAGGAAACUCUCUGGCAGUCAAGUUCUGAUGUGGACACGGCGGGACUGAAAGAGGACCCUGGAUAUCGGGCUAUUGCAAAGGCCUUAGAUCGUAUUGCACCAGCAUUUUCUUUCAACAGCUGCAACUAUACGGUGGAGAAGUCGCGUUCAUCCACUGCCAGAGUUGUUGUCUGGAGAGAAAUUGGCGUGCUGAGAAGUUACACCAUGGAAAGCACCUACAAUGGUUUUGACCAGGGAAUAUACAAGGGUCUGCAUAUGGGAAUCCGAGAGCUGGAAGAAAUGGGAAUGAAGUUUUGCCACAGUCUGCUGUCCGUGACUAAAGAUACAAAGGAACUUUAUGACACGAGUCUGAUCAGUUACAUGAACCUGGACCACAACAUCCAGGACCAUAAGUCCCACAACAUUUUUGAAGAUGAUGAGCCUCCAUGUGCUGAAGAAAUUGAAUAUUCCACCGAGUGUCCUGGCCUUCAUGGCAGUGAUUUAGAAUCCGAUGUAAACAAAUGCAUGUCCUGCACAGGUGAAGAGGAGGGUGUUGCUCACCUUGACGGCAGUUAA